GAAAAAGAUAAAAGAAGAGGAGAAAGUAAAUGAAUGAAAACAGAAUAAAAUUACAACAAUUUGUAGAACGUAGAAUUCCUCUAAUAAACCCUUUUUAUAUCUAUCUUCCAUCGAUAUAAAUCUGCAUUUAUUAUUAUUAUGUAUAUGCACUGACCCCUAUUUGAGAUCGUCUGCUUCGGCCCUAUUCACCUUUUUCCUCCUUCCGUUACCCGAUCCAUCAAUCGCCGGAGAACCUCUGCCGUCGAUCGGAUCCUAUCAAUUUCUCAUAUAACAUGGAUCAACGAGACCAUUGUUAUUCAACACACCUAAUAGAUGGCGAUGGUACUUUCAAUGUUGCUGGAAUUGAUAAUUUCAUGAAGGAAGUUAAACUUGGUGAAUGUGGACUUUCUUAUGCUGUUGUGGCCAUCAUGGGCCCUCAGAGUAGUGGGAAAAGUACGCUGUUGAAUCACCUCUUUGGUACAAAUUUCAGGGAAAUGGAUGCUUUUAAGGGGAGGCAAGCAUCUCGUCUCAAACCACAAAAGGCAUAUGGAUGGCCCACUGCGUAGGAAUUGAACCCUGCACUAUUGUAAUGGAUUUAGAAGGCACUGAUGGAAGAGAAAGAGGAGAGGAUGAUACUGCAUUUGAAAAGCAGAGUGCUCUUUUUGCACUUGCAGUUUCUGAUAUAGUGCUCAUAAACAUGUGGUGUCAUGAUAUUGGGCGUGAGCAGGCGGCAAAUAAACCUCUAUUGAAAACUGUAUUUCAGGUUAUGAUGAGACUAUUUAGCCCUCGUAAGACAACUUUGAUGUUUGUUAUCCGUGAUAAAACAAGGACACCAUUGGAAAACUUGGAACCAGUUUUAAGGGAAGACAUUCAGAAGAUCUGGGAUUCUGUUCCUAAGCCUCAAGCUCACAAGGAAACUCCACUAAGUGAAUUUUUCAAUGUUGAAGUCGUGGCUCUCUCUAGUUAUGAAGAGAAGGAAGAACAAUUUAAAGAACAGGUGGCAAAUCUGAGACAGAGAUUUUUUCAUUCUAUUGCCCCUGGUGGGCUUGCUGGGGACAGGCGUGGGGUAGUCCCUGCUUCAGGGUUUUCAUUCAGUGCUCAACAGAUAUGGAAGGUCAUUAAGGAGAACAAGGACCUUGACCUUCCUGCACAUAAGGUCAUGGUUGCUACAGUACGUUGUGAAGAAAUUGCAAAUGAGAAAUUUUCCUCAUUUAUUGCAAAUGAGGAAUGGCGUCAACUUGAAGAGAUGGUACAAUCUCAACCAGUUCCCGGAUUUGGGAGGAAACUCACCUCCAUUCUUGAUGUUUGUCUAUCAGAGUAUGAUGCAGAGGCGACAUACUUCGAUGAAAGUGUUAGAUCUUCUAAGCGGCAACAGUUGGAGGAAAAGCUUUUGCAACUUGUCCAACCAGCAUACCAAUUCAUGUUGGGACACAUACGCUCUGGAACUUUGGAAAGGUUUAAAGAAGCAUUUGAAAAAGCCUUGAGUGGGGGUACAGGAUUCGCUAUUGCUGCACGUGACUGCACCAAGCUUUAUAUGACACAGUUUGAUGAAGCAUCUGCAGACGUGGACAUUGGUCAAGCAAAUUGGGACUCUUCUAAAGUGAGAGAUAAGCUUAGGCGUGAUAUAGAUGCACAUAUUUCUGCUGUUCGUACGGCGAAGCUGUCUGAACUUACAACAACCUAUGAGACAAAACUUAAUGAUGCGUUGUCUGGACCUGUGGAGGCUCUGUUAGAUGGGGCUAGUGAUGAUACAUGGCCGGCCAUAAGAAAGCUUCUCCACCGUGAGACUGAAAAAGCGGUUAGAGGGUUUUCUAGCGCACUUUCUGGUUUUGAAAUUGAUGAUGUAACAGAGGAGAAAAUGCUCUCGAGAUUGGAGGAUCAUGCGAGAGGAAUAGUUGAAGCAAAGGCGAAAGAAGAAGCAGGAAGGGUUUUGAUCCGCAUGAAGGACAGGUUUUCGACCUUAUUUAGUCAUGAUUCCGACUCAAUGCCACGUGUCUGGACAGGGAAGGAAGAUAUUCGAGCAAUCACCAAAACUGCUCGUUCCGCUUCUUUGAAGCUACUCUCAGUUAUGGCUGCCAUCCGUUUGGAUGAUGAUACUGAUUCUAUUGAGAAAACCUUGUCCCUUGCUCUCAUUGAUCCUAAUAGUGGAGCUGUUGCUAAUAGGAGUAUCUCAGGGGACCCUCUUGCCUCAAGCACUUGGGAAGAGGUUCCAUCAUCCAAAACAUUGUUAUCCCCAGUUCAAUGUAAAUCUUUGUGGAGGCAAUUUAAAACCGAGACGGAGUAUACUGUUACUCAAGCCAUUGCUGCACAGGAAGCUAGCAGGCGAAAUAACAACUGGCUACCACCUCCAUGGGCAAUUGCUGCAUUAGUUAUAUUGGGAUUUAAUGAGUUUAUGACCCUUUUGAGAAAUCCACUAUAUUUGGGCGUUAUCUUCGUUGGUUUCUUGCUUCUGAAAGCCCUUUGGGUGCAAUUAGACAUUUCUGGUGAAUUCCGAAAUGGAGCCCUUCCUGGAAUCCUCUCGUUAUCCACCAAAUUUCUGCCAACCAUCAUGAACCUUCUUAGAAAACUUGCUGAGGAGGGCCAAAGGCCUCCCAAUGCCAAUCCUCAACAACACAACCCAACUGCCCCACCAAAGAGCCUACAAAGUGGAACAAGUGAUUAUGGCGGUUUAUCGUCAAGUGCUUCUUCCGAAGUAACUUCAGGUGAAAACGGAACAGAAUAUUCCAGUCCUUCAAAAACACAAUAGGUUGUGUGAUCGAAGUUUGUUUGGGGAUUUUGACUCUCAUUCGAAACAAAGUCGACAUGGGCUUUGGGAAGAUUCAUUUCAUCUUUCGAGAAAAUAGAGGAAAAUUAGAGGAUAUUGAAUUCUGUUUGGUGUGUCUCAUGCAAGGUGCUGUGGUUUGUUAUAAUGGAACUUUACCCUUCUAAUAGAUGUCUUUUCCCCUUCAUUUGUAAUCAUUGUUCAUUGUGGUAAUCCUUUGUCUACAAGGGCUUUUUGGCGGCCUGGGUUUGUUUGUGUUGGUUUUCACCUUCAUUUUUGUUUGGUGUAACAUUAGUAGCCAAAAAUACAUGAAUUUAGUGACAAUGGGGAGCUUGUGGCCCAUUUUGUAUUUAACAGUUAUUUCUGUGACUGAGUGGAAAGAUUUUUGGUAAUAGAUUUUGCUUCAAGAUAUUUUCUCGGCAUGUCUACUCAGCAGUUUGAUUUGUUAUUUGGUACGGAAUAAUUACGAACAAUAUGAC